AUCACGUUUGUAAACUGUAAAAUGGAAUAAGCGUUUGGUGUAAUUGAUGACAAUUAACAACCGUUCAUGGAUUGAAUCACUUGAGGUUCAUGGAUUGAAUCACUUGAGGCGGUUCAGAUGCGUGCUAGCCUGCUAGGUUUGCUAGUUCGAGCCUCGAAGGUUGUCACUCUGUGAGUAUUAUGCUAUGUUUCCAGAACUGAACUGAACGUUGAACUAGAAAAGUUAGUGGUUUAGGGUUCAGUGGUUAACUGUUAUAAAAUCAUUGGUUAAUCGUUGAGAGAACCAAUCGUGAUCUAUAUCACAGAUGACAUGUAUAAUACACUAAUUUAAGAAAAAUUUCAUCAUUGAUCAUAAAAGUUUCAAUUAAUAUCAUCAAUAGCCAAAAUAUCUAAUAAAUCAUUCAAACUAAUAAAAGAAAUCUUUUUUUUUAAAUUCAAGUUAGAAAUUAAGGUGUUAGUUGGUAAUAAAGAGGUUGGAACAUGAGAAGAGGAAGCAAAAAUGAUUUUCUUAAUUUAUGUGGAUUAUGUUAGUUACGUUAAAGUAUUUUUUUAAUUGCUGUACUUAAAAAUAAUAAACCAGUGGACCAGUCAAACCGGGGUGGUUCAUAUGGUUUCAUGUUGAACCGUGAAAAAUCGUUUGGUCCAUAAUUAACCGUUCAAGCAAAUGAAUCAGACCCAUUAUUAUAAGAAUCGAACCAGAUCAACAGGUGGGCUAGUAGAACCGUCAAACAAGUUACGAUAGCGGUCUGGUUCAUUGUUUGGACAUUUAUUGAUGGACCAAACAGUUUUCCACGGCUCUACAUAAAACCAGAUGAACCAUCACGGUUUAACUGGUCUAGUGGUUCACUAUUUUAACCAUAAUUUUUUUUGAAAAACAUUUUAACAUAAACUAAGACUAUCAAACCUUAAUUAUUAAUUUUACAUUUGCUUCCGCUUCUCAUUUUCCAACCUUGUUGUCGACUUUACGUUGUCCACUAUCGAUUGGCAUCGUAAUUUUUAAUUUGAAUUAAAAAAAAUUAUAAUUUCUUUUAUGAGAUAGUUUGAAAGAUUUAGUCGAUAUUUUGAUGAUGAUAUGAAUUUGAAAUUGUUUAUGGUUAAUAAUUUGUGUAAUAUACAAGUCUACAUCAUUAACUUUUCCGGUUGAAUCUUCGGUCCAGUUCUGAAAAUAGAGACCAGACCGUUAUCAUAACUGGUUUGACGGUUCUACUGGCCCAGCUGUUUAUCGGUUCGGUUCUUGUACAAAUGUGACAUUCAAGCAGGACCGGGGCUCGUUUAUGGAUGGGCUUUGGCUGAGAAACCCCAGUUACAUAUACCAAUAGCCUGUUAUAUUGAAGCCCAAUUAAUAGUACAGCCCAUCCAUAAACAGACCAACCCACCACUAAUACCUUGGCACUUUCUCGGAAGAUCUCUGCAGCUAGGAUAUUUUCAUAAACGCAUCAUUUCCGUUGUUCAGCUAUGUCCAAAAUCGUAAAUUGGACAAGGCGCACGUUAGCACUUUCAACCGUUUUUGGUUUUUAUACCCCGCGACUUUCUCCACAAGGUGCAGAAAGUUCUUUCAUGUUACUGUGUUAUAUUAGAGAAAAAUAAUGUUUUGAUCUUAUUUAUUCUUUUAUCACUUUCUCCACUACUGUUACGGUUCCUAAUCUUGUGGGAAGUGCACAUCAUUCUGUUACUACGUGCCUAUUUUGUCUCCCCAAGAUCUGUAUAUAAACACUCAUAAUCAUCAAUAACAAAUCAUCUUGGAUUCUCCUCAUUAUCUAGUUCUGUUAAUCUCUUCAUGAUAUCCGAGCUAGCAACGAUCAGCUAGAUUCGAUCCAUCUCAACUUGCUGCGUUUCUCUUCCCUUCCCUUUGAUUCUUCUUUGUUCUUCGUCACUAUGACAGGCAGCUCCGGUACUACCGAUUCAACUAGUGAAUCCAAAAUUGUAGAAGCUCAAAUCAUUACCUUCAAUCCUGCCGCACAGCUUCCUUUGAAGCUCACUCCAACGAAUUUUGCAUCUUGGCGUUCCCAGCUGGAAACUCUGCUAAUGGGCUUUGAUCUUAUUGGAUUCAUAGACGGCUCCAAUGUUGCUCCUCCUCAGUCAAUUUCAGCCGAUGGUGCUGCUACUGCCAAUCCUGCCUAUCGAAAUUGGUUCAGGCAAGACAAACUCAUACUUCAUGCUUUGAGAUGUUCCAUUGAUGAAUCAAUUUAUUCCUUUGUUUCUGCCGCAUCUACGGCUCGUGAUGCGUGGCUAAUCUUGGAGAAGCUAUACGCUAGCAACGCACAAUCGCGUAUUAAUCAUCUGAAAGGAAAGAUCGGAAAAAUUACUAGAGGCGAUCGUGACGUUCUUGCUUUCGUCAAUGAUCUCAAAUCCACUGCUGCUGAGCUCGCCCUUAUUGGCGAACCUGUGAAGGACCUUGAUUUAGUUGUUCACUGUCUCAGAGGGCUGGGUGAUGAUUACAAAGCCUUUUUUGCCGCCGUUCGUGCGAGAGGACCUGGACUCACUGUUGAGGAUCUGGUUGAUUCUUUGGUUGAAUAUGAAUCUGAUCUUAAAUCCCAGCAGCACACUAUUAUUCCCACUGCUUUCUAUACACAGGGGCAGAGAUCGGAUGGUCAUCCUCGUUCACCCCGCGGCGCUCCUCCAUCGCAACCGUACCGCGGCGCUUCACCAUCCCGAGGCCAACAGGGCCUGCUUCAACGGGCCUCAGGCCCGGGCCCAUCUCCAAAACAGGCAGGCCCAGGCACAUUACACAAAUGCUGCUUCUCCUUUGGGCCAGGCCUCAUUUCCAUCUGGCACUGUCCAUUCGUUGCCCGCCCACUAUGCAAUUGCUCCAUCUUCCCCGGCCCCAAUUAAUGGUCCAUCUCCACCACAAGGUCCAUGGUUAAUGGACUCCGCCACAUCCCAUCAUGUUACCGCGGAUCUUGGUAACUUAUCUCUGUAUUCGGACUACACUGGCCCUAAUGAAUUAAUUGUUGGAGAUGGCUCAGGUUUGCGGAUUAGCCAUAUUGGCACUUCUCAUCUUUCAACUGGCUCCUGUUCACUUUCUUUACAUGAUGUCUUGCAUGUUCCGGCCAUUAAAAAGCAUCUUAUCUCUGUGGCUCAAUUAUGUCGUACUAAUCUAGUGUCCGUUGAAUUUUUUGCCUCUCAUUUUGUUGUGAAGGAUCUUCGCACGGGGGCGCAGUUGUUGAAAGGGGAAAACAGAGGUGAUGUGUAUGAGCUGCCACCGGAGACCGAGCCAGUUCGUAUGGCGCUAGUUACUACUCGCACCUCCACAAGUUCAUGGCAUUCCAGGCUGGGUCAUCCUUCUGAUCAGUCUCUUCGCACUCUGCUUCGUUCCCAUUCCCUUCCAGUGUCUUCUGCUUCCUCCUUUAGUCAUUGUGAUGCUUGUAUUUCUAAUAAGUCUAAUAAACUUCC